AUGAAAGACUCUUGGCGCUCAACGAUGAUUAUUCCUAUAACUCUUUCUUUUAUUGUCUUUUACAUUUAUGCUUCUGAAGAUGUGCUUGCUGCUUCUACUAGGGAUUUGUGUCGUCCCGAACAAAGGGAUGCACUUCUCAAGUUCAGAAACGAGUUUGAGAUUGGAAAGCGUAAUCCUUAUUGUGAGAUGUAUGGCAUUGAAUCUCAUCGGACGGAAUCAUGGACGAGUAAUAGCGACUGCUGUAGUUGGAAGGGUAUUGCGUGCAAUGCUAAUUCCGGAGAAGUGGCCGAGCUAGACCUUAGUUGCAGUUUUCUCCAUGGUCAGUUUCAUUCUAAUAGUGUUCUUCAAAACAUUCAUUCCCUAACCACUCUAAACCUUUCAUUCAACUCUCUUACUGGCAAAAUCCCGUCUUCGAUUGGAAAUCUUUCUAAUCUCACCUCUCUCGACCUUUCUUUUAAUUAUUUCUCGGGUCAGAUUCCAACUUCCUUUGGAAAUCUUUUUCAUCUCACCUAUCUUGACCUUUCGCAUAAUAAUUUCAGUGGCGCGCUUCCUCCCAAUAUAACUUCACUUUCAAAGUUGAGCAUUUUUAAAGCAAGUCACAAUACUUUUACUGGAGCUAUCCCGUCUUCUCUCUUCACCAUUCCUUCUUUGACUUUCAUUGGUUUGAAUGAUAACCAACUCAGUGGCACUCUUGAGUUUGGGAACAUAUCUCCACCAUCUAACCUACAAGAUUUACACAUUGGUGGCAACAUCUUCAAAGGGCCAAUCCCAAAAUCCAUUUCCAAAUUAGUCAACCUUUGGACACUUGACCUCUCUCACUUCGACACCCAAGGCCCGGUUGACUUUAGUAUUUUCUCGCAUCUCAAGUCACUCCAAGUUCUUGACCUAUCGUAUUUGAACACCACCACUACGAUUGACUUGUAUGAUAUCUUAUCAUAUUUCAAAAGCCUCUCUCACUUAGAUCUCUCAGGCAACCGUGUUUCAACAACAAAGAAAAGUUCAUCUUCAAAUCCCCCUUCGAAAUUGACUACACUAGGCUUUUCAGGCUGCAGUAUCACCGAGUUUCCAGAGCUCCUAAGAACCCAACAUGAAAUGAGGCUUCUAGACAUCUCCAGCAACAAAAUCAAAGGUCAUGUUCCUGGCUGGUUAUGGACUCUACCAAAGUUGGAGUACGUGAAUCUUUUCAAUAACACCUUCACUAGCUUUGAAAGAUCAAAGAAGAAACAAGGACUAUCCUCUGUUUGGAAACCAUCUCUGGUUCACUUGCUUGGCUCCAACAAUAACUUCACGGGAAAGAUUCCUACUUUCAUAUGUGAGUUGCGUUCUCUCAAAACUCUCGAUUUAUCUGAAAAUAACUUUAAUGGUCUAAUCCCUCGUUGUAUGGGAAAUCUCAAGAGUUCCCUUUCCAUUUUAAACCUUGAUCUAAACCUUCGACAGAAUAAUCUUAGUGGAGGUCUACCAGAUAAUAUAUUUGAAAGUCUAAGGUCGCUUGACGUCGGUCAUAACCAACUUGUGGGAAAGCUUCCAAGAUCUUUGAUCCGUUCCACUACUCUUGAAAUUUUGAAUGUAGAAAGCAACCGUUUAAAAGACAUCUUUCCAGUCUGGUUGAGUUCUCUACAAAACCUACAAGUUCUUGUCAUUCGCUCCAAUGCAUUCCAUGGCCCAAUACAUCAAGUUUUGUUCCGUAAGUUGCGAAUCAUCGACAUAUCAUAUAACCACUUCAAUGGAACUUUGCCAUCAGAUUUUUUUUUGAAGUGGAGUGCUAUGUCAUCACUUGGGACAGAGGAAGAUACGGCGAGUGUAAACUACAUGGGAUCAGGCAAUUACUACCAACAUUCACUGUUUUUGAUGAAUAAAGGUGUAAGGAUGGAGCUGGUACGUAUCUUAAAAAUCUUCACAGCAAUCGAUUUUUCAGGAAACAAAUUCGAAGGAGAGAUUCCAAAGUCCAUCGGUGUAAUGAAAGAGCUUCAUGUGCUUAACUUGUCAAACAAUGCUUUCACUGGCCGCAUACCUUCAUCAAUGGGGAACCUCACAGCUCUCGAGUCUUUGGACGUUUCCCAAAACAAGCUUUCAGGAGAAAUUCCACAAGAGCUAGGGAAACUCUCGUUCCUUGCGUACAUGAACUUCUCUCAUAACAAGCUUGUAGGUCUACUACCAGGAGGAAAUCAGUUUCAAACGCAGAAUUGCUCUUCCUUUGAAGAUAACCUAGGACUUUUUGGCUCUUCUCUUGACGAAAUUUGCAGAGAUAUUCACACGCAAGCAUCACAACAAAAGUCCGAAACCUCGGAAUCAGAGAUAGAAGACAAAGUGGUGAUUAGUUGGAUAACAGCUACAAUAGGAUUCAUACCUGGUAUUUUCUUUGGAUUUACGAUUGGAUACAUAUUGGUUUCCUACAAACCAAAGUGGUUCAUGAACCCGUUCGGCUGAAACAAUCUUAUACGGAGAAGCAGUACAACUCACUAAACAGGGAGUCCAAGAUAGCAACAAGAAUGGUUUGAUACAACUCCAUUAUUCAACAAGUUUCGUUUUUUGUUUUCUUAUUGUAU